UUAAAAUUUUGUAGAAAUUUUUCCGCCAGGGAUACACUGCAAAAAAUCUAGAAAUCUCAAACAAAAAGGCAUUUUUGACACCCAGUGUACACCGUGACGGUAGUCAUUGUAAUCCGAAAACCGGCCGACCGUAACACGUGACGACCGGACGCGAAUAUCACAGGUGCCGUCCGUAACCAAGACCAAGCGGAGCGGCAUCGGGUAUUCGCGUAUACCGCGAUCCGCACCUCUUCCUCGCGGGGAAUCGAAAGAACGAGGAGUACUCGAUUGCCCUCCCGCCCUGGCGGCGCUCGCCUGGGUUGCCUCGCGUCAUCGUUUUGUCGUUUCUCCCUUUUUAGAUAGGAACAACUUGCUCAAUUUCGAAAUAAGGAUGUCCGUGACUGAGGAGAAGAUCCAGGAGUUGAAUCAAGAUUUCCUUGAGUACAUGAACAAACCAGAGAAUGUUGAUAGAGCCACAAAGGACAUUUAUGAAGAGUUGUUAGAUGAGGUCCUAAUGGGUUUUGUCUUUGAUGUACACCGUACAAUUAAGACUGGUAGUUGUGAUGUCGAGGAAGGCAUAUCUGACGACAAGUGCUACGCCAUUGUCGAUUCGCCCGGUCUGGACGUGUUUGGCCAGCAUCCCAUGAAGAAAUCUCAGGAGUGCAGUUGCCCGAACUGUGAACGUGGGGUCGCAGCUUGCAGAUUUGCUACUCAUCUGGCAAAGUGCAUGGGCAUGGGUAGAAACAGCUCGCGUAUCGCGUCGUUACGCAUCGCGAACAACUCCAAGGACCUCAACACCUACGGCGGCGUAUUAAGCGAUGACGAUGACGACGUCGACUGGAGUCUAACUAACGACAGUGGCAACAAGCGUAAGCGUUCACGCAAGGAUCGUAACGGCAUGAGCAAGCGUUCGGGCAAGCAACAACAGAAGCAACAGGGCAAUGCUGGUCCCAGUGGUAGCAGCGGUUCGCAGAGGAACGGCGAGUCCGCCAUCGUCGGCGGCGAGCACAGCAGCAACGAAAGUUCACCGUUAAAUUACGAAAACAUGUCGCUGAUGGACAAGCGAGCGUUGCUCACGCAGAUCUGCGGCGUUGUAUCCGAACAUACGAAGAAGCUGUGCACCAGAUCGAUACGCUGUCCUCAGCAUACCGACGAACAGCGCAGGGAGGUACGUGCCAAUUUGGAGUCCAACGGCCAGGACAAUUUGCACGUCGAUGUGGACACGUACGAGGAGAACGACGGCCAGAAUCUACGGGACACAUUGACGAGAUGGGACCGGGAAGGCUCGAGUCAUUCCAGUCCGGCCGAUUCCGCCUCUACCACAUCGACCUCGUCGAUCAGCCGAAAACGAGAGACCAAAUCCAAGGGCAAGGGAAAAGCCUCGUCGAAACGCGAUCGCGGUUCCCCGAUCUCGCAGGGGGACUGAGAGGCGGAGGAUCGAUCCGGGACUGUUUCUCAGUCCAGGAGCGUUCCCCGGUCCAGGCUUAUUCCUCGACGGCAGAGGAGUAUUGUACGAUAAUGUUCCUACGGGUUGUACAUAGAUUGAAGGAAGAGCGAUUCUUCCGUAUGACUGCGAAAUAUUUGCGUAAUAUUUAAUUCUAAAUAUUACCCACGGCGUCCUUUUGUAAUUAUUAUUUUUAAGAAAAUAAAUAACGGCGAAUUACAGAACGAA